AUGAGUGAAGCAAUGAAACAAAUAAAAGAGAGUGGUGAUGAGAAUAAGAUUAAAUUAGCAAAAAGAUUAGCAAGGUAUUAUGGUAUUUUUCAUAAUAUGGGACCUAUAACAACAUGUCCUAAUUUUCCUUAUAAAGAAGAUAAGUAUGGGCUGCAUUAUGUUCAUAUUCAUUUAGAAGGUUUUGUUGAUACAGCAAAGAGAAGUAUUGCUGGUGUUAUUAAAGCUCUUGCGGAUGAUGAAGAAUUAGAUCCUUUUUGUAAAUAUCUUAUGUUUACUCAUCUUUAUACUCCUAAAGAAGUGAAAGAAAUUAGAAAUGAAGAAAUUUAUGAAAGGAAAAAAAAUCUAGAAAAAGAUUUAGGAUUGUGUAAUAGUGAUCAUGAUGAUGGUGAUAACGUGGGAAGAUAUGAAAUUUCUGGUUUUGGUUGGUAUGAUGAUACAAGGAAAUAUGUUACUGUUUCUAUGAAAUAUGUUGAUAACGAUGAAUUUGUAGAUAUUCCUGUUCCUAUAAUUUUAGAUGAAGAAUGGCUUAGAAAAUUAGAGGAAUUUAAUAGAGAGCAGUUCACCCAACAAAUGAAUAAUUAAUCCAAUCAUUUAAUAAAAAUGGAAUUCAAAAACGAUAUUCUUACAAAAGAAGACAUAGAUUUUAUAGUUGAUGAUGGUUAGAAUCAUGAUGAGGAGCCAACAUAUGAUCCUAAAGAUUCUUAUUCAUCAGAUGAUGAUAAAUAUGUUGUUUCAGGUAAAGAGUUUAAAAAACUAACCAGUAAAGCUAAAAAAAUAACAAAUACAUGGCAACACUUCCAGGUGGAAAGAAAAUUCAUUUUGGGUCAUCACAUUAUCCAGAUUUUUUAAUUCACAAAGACAAAGAGCGAAAAGAAAGGUAUCUCACUCGAGCUAAAAAGAUUAAAAACAAACAGGGAGAGUUAACUUAUACUUAUCCUGAAUCGGCUAAUUUCUGGAGCGUAAAUCUACUCUGGCCAGAAAAUUGAAUUAUUGUUUAAAGAUACCUAAGUAAUAUAUAAAAUGAAAGAUUCAUUAGUUGAGAAUGAUAUUUUAUCUAAUAUAAAUGAAAAAUUAAAAUCAGGCUUUUAUCUUGAUAAAAUUAAUAUUGAUGGUACAGAAUUUGAGAAUUAUGAAAAAAAUAAAGAGUGUUUAGUAUUAUUGUGUAAAACUGGUAUUUCAGAUGAUGGUAGUGAUGGACUUGCUGUUCGUUUACCACUUCCUCUUAGAUUUGACGACGAAUGGUUUACGAAAUAUAAGGAAAUAAAUUUAAGUGUAGGAAGUAUUAUAGCUUAUAAUAUGGAAGGAUUUAUUAAAAAGUGAUUUAAAGGAAUAAGAAUAUAUAAUAAAAUGCAGUUAUCCAGUUACGAUCAUCUAACACCAGAGAAUAUUGUUUUUAAUGAAGCUAAAGAAUACAAAGUGAAAGAUAGCAAGAUCAAAUACAAACGUAUCCCAAUUGAAGUCAAAUAUCCAAAUGGAAAGAAAGGAGCUUUGGUAAUUGAAACUCCAUUUCUUUUCUCUUUUGGUGUGAACGAGAAGAAAAACCAAGAAACAAACAAGUUAGUAGGUUACAGUAUUCCAGUAUGCCUUUGGGCUAAAGAUAGUGAGCCGAAUACUAAAGAAAAAGCAUUUUUUGACGCUAUUAACAAUAUAACAAAUAUUUGCCAGCAACAUCUAGAGAAUGAAUACGGUGCAGAUCUAGCAUCAACUCUAUCUUCACCAUUUUAUUACAAACAGGAAGAAUAUACAGAUAAGAAAGGAAAGAAGAAAACAAGAAUAGACCCCUCAUCCGCACCAGUUCUCUACGCAAGACUUAUUUACUCAGAAAAAUCUAAGAAAAUUCUUUCUUUGUUUUAA